ACUGGGAUUCCUUCCUUCCUGGGCAAUGAGGAAUUUUUUUUUUAAAUUUUGAAUGCAGUAUUGGGGCUAGGGUUUCGGGGUGUACCUGAUUAGUUGUCGGCUGACUGUGUUUGGUAUUUGGGGAUUUGGAGGGCCUGGCUGUAUCCUUUCAGGCCGGAGAGGUAGUGGACUGGCGCCCUCGCUCCUCUGCCUGCGGGACCGAUCGCCGGGCUGCAGCGCCGGGACCGAAAAGGAAGCUGAGCCGAGCGCAGUGUGGCACCUGCUGGACCCCGGGCGGCUCGGGACCUUGGCGCAGAACUUGGACAGAUUCCGCCUUGCGGAAAUCCUGCCCCUACCGCCUUCCUGACCGCGUACCCUGCCCGACUCCUGCCACUGGCCUUCAUUCGCUCACUUUUGAGUCCACAUCCAAGUGUAUCCUGUACCACGUCCUAGCCGUUUGAAGAAACUCCGAAAGUGGGGUUCCUAGCACUGGGGAACCAAGAGAACGUCCUUGUAAAAUCAGAGACUUGUUUUCACUUGCAUGUAGAGAAAUGAGGAGAAGGAGGACAUCGUAGGGAGGCCUGCUACCUGUCAUACCAUGCUUUCCUGUGACAUUUGUGGUGAAACAGUAACCUCUGAACCGGAUAUGAAGGCUCACCUGCUAGUUGUUCACAUGGAGAAUGAAGUUAUAUGCCCUUUUUGCAAGUUGUCAGGUGUAAAUUAUGAUGAAAUGUGUUUUCAUAUUGAAACUGCUCAUUUUGAGCAAAAUACACUAGAGGAAAGAAACUUAGAUACAACACAGUAUGGAACUUUAAAUAACAAGGACGACAGUCUACAGAGUACAGUGGGAGUUAAUUUAAGUAUUCAUUCAGCUUGUGCAUCUAAUCAUCCAAAAGGUUCAGCUCAAAGCUUGCCUGAGGAUACUUUAAAACAUAAUGAAGUUUAUUCAGAGAAUUUAAGUGAAUCUAGAAAAUUCCUGAAAAGUAGGGGAAAACAGUCUGGCUUAUCUGAAAUGAAAGAAUCAAUUUAUGAAACAAUGUAUAGUCCUCCUGAAUGCCCAUUUUGUGGAAAAAUAGAGGAAUAUGGUCAAGAUAUGGAAACUCAUGUGAAAACAAAGCAUGCCAGUCUUUUAGAUACUCCAUUAGAAGACUGUGAUCAACCAUUCUAUGACUGCCCUAUGUGUGGGCUCAUUUGUACAAAUUACGAUAUUCUCCAGGAACAUGUUGACUUGCAUUUAGAAGAAAGCAACAUUCGACAAGGCAUGGAUAGAGUUCAGUGUUCUAGUGAUCUCGCAUUGGCUCACCAACUUCAACAAGAAGAAGACAGUAAGAGGAGAUCUGAAGAAUCAAGACAAGAAAUGGAAGAAUUUCAGAAGCUGCAGCGACAAUAUGGUUUAGAUAAUUCUGGAGGAUACAAACAACAGCAACUACGAAACAUGGAGAUUGAAGUAAAUAAGGGUAGGAUGCUACCAUCUGAAUUUCACAGAAGAAAAGCUGACAUGAUGGAAUCGCUAGCUCUUGGUACUGACGAUGGAAAAACAAAAACUUCCGGAAUUAUUGAAGCCCUUCAAAGAUAUUAUCAGAAUGCUGCCACAGACGUGAGGCGUGUCUGGCUUUCUGCAGUGGUGGAUCAUUUUCAUUCAUCUUUAGGAGACAAAGGUUGGGGUUGUGGUUAUAGAAAUUUCCAAAUGCUACUUUCAUCAUUAUUACAAAACGAUGCCUAUGAUGAUUGCUUGAAAGGUAUAACAGUUCCUUGCAUUCCAAAAAUUCAGUCUAUGAUUGAAGACGCGUGGAAGGAAGGUUUUGAUCCUCAGGGAGCCUCUCAACUUAAUAACAAGUUACAGGGAACAAAGGCCUGGAUUGGAGCAUGUGAAGUAUAUACACUCCUGACCUCCCUGAGGGUAAAGUGCCGUAUUAUUGAUUUUCACAAGUCAACUGGUCCUUCAGGUACACAUCCUCGUUUAUUUGAGUGGAUACUGAACUAUUACUCUUCAGAGAGGGAAGGGAAUCCAAAGGUAGUAUGUACGUCUAAACCUCCUAUCUAUCUCCAGCAUCAAGGUCAUAGUCGAACAAUUGUUGGAAUUGAAGAGAGAAAAAACAGAACAUUAUGUUUACUGAUAUUUGAUCCUGGAUGUCCUUCUCGAGAAAUGCAGAAACUAUUAAAGCAAGACAUAGAGGCUAGCAGUCUCAAGCAACUUCGGAAAUUUGUGGGAAAUUUAAAGCAUAAGCAAUACCAGAUAGUGGCAGUAGAGGGUGCUCUUUCUUCAGAGGAGAAAGUUGCCAGGAGACAAGCUUCUCAAGUCUUCACAGCAGAGAAGAUUCCCUGAAGAACUGAGUAUUUCACUGAUUGUGGAAUUAUACUUUGUUUUCCAAAUUCAGAUAUUAAACUCCUUAAUACAAUUUAAGAAUAUGAAAUCUCUAAGUACUCAACAUAUGAUUUAAUUUCUAAAAUUCCUCUAUUAAAUUAUAUCUGUAUUACUUCAUUAUUUAGUAAUUAUUUCAAUAAAAUGUCUUGUUUGCAAUGUGA